GGAGGGGCCCCGGGGGGUCGCGGCCCGGCGGUGCCGUUCCGGGGCUGGCGCCGGCCCCGCCAUGGCCUCGGCCGCCCGCCGCGACGUGCCCGAGCCGCCCGACUUCGGCAUCCUGAAGCGCCUGGCGCGGGACCAGCUCAUCUACCUGCUGGAGCAGCUCCCCGGGAGGAAGGACCUGUUCAUCGAGGCCGACCUGAUGAGCCCCCUGGACCGCAUCGCCAACGUCUCCAUCCUGAAGCAGCACGAGGUGGACAAGCUGUACAAGGUGGAGAGCCGGCCCGCCCUCAGCACCAGCGACCAGCUCUGCUUCCUCGUCCGGCCGCGGGUGAAGACGAUGAAGUACAUCGCCGAUAUCGUCAACGCUGACAAGAUGUCAGGCCGGAGCCGCAAGUACAAGAUCAUCUUCAGCCCCCAGAAGUUCUAUGCCUGUGAGAUGGUGCUGGAGGAAGAGGGAGUCUUUGGCGAUGUCACCUGCGAUGAGUGGUCCUUCUACCUGCUCCCCCUGGACGAAGACAUCAUCAGCAUGGAGCUGCCUGAGUUCUUUCGCGACUACUUCUUGGAGGGAGAUCACCGCUGGAUCAACUCGGUUGCUCGAGCCCUGCAGUUACUGAACUCCCUGUACGGGCCAUUCAGCAGGGCCUACGGGAUCGGGAGGUGCGCCAAGAUGUGCUAUGAGCUGUGGCGGGAGCUGGAGGAGGAGAGUGAGGGCGACAGCCAGGGCAGGAAGCCGGAGAUCGGGAACAUCUUCCUCAUGGACAGAGACACGGACUAUGUCACGGCACUGUGCUCCCAGAUGGUGUACGAGGGGCUGGUGGACGACACCUUCCGCAUCAAGUGCGGCAGUGUGGAUUUUGGGCCAGAAGUCACCUCCUCUGACAAGAGCAUUAAGGUGCUGCUCAACGCCCAGGAUAAAGUCUUCAGCCAGAUACGGAACGAGCACUUCUCCAGCGUGUUUGGCUUCCUGAGCCAAAAGUCGCGCAACCUGCAGGCACAGUACGACCGGCGCCGUGGCAUGGACAUCAAGCAGAUGAAGAACUUUGUCUCCCAGGAACUGAAGGGACUGAAACAAGAGCAUCGUCUGCUGAGCCUGCAUAUUGGUGCCUGCGAGUCCAUCAUGAAAAAGAAAACCAAGCAGGACUUCCAGGAGAUGAUCAAGGCUGAGCACUCUCUGCUGGAGGGUUUCGACAUCCGAGAGAGCACCAGCUUCAUCGAGGAGCACAUCGACCGGCAGGUGUCCCCCAUCGAAAGCCUGCGCCUCAUGUGCCUGCUGUCCAUCACGGAGAACGGUCUCAACCCCAAAGACUACCGCUCCCUGAAGACCCAGUACCUGCAGAGCUACGGGCCCGAGCACUUGCUGACCUUCCACAACCUCAAGCGCAUCGGGCUGCUGACCGAGCAGGCGGCUGGGGAGACCCUGACGGCUGUGGAGAGCAGAGUCAGCAAGCUGGUGACAGACCGAGCGGCUGGAAAGAUCACAGACGCGUUUAAUUCCCUGGCCAGGAAGAGCAAUUUUCGAGCCAUAAGCAAGAAGCUGGGCUUGGUGCUGCAGCCCCACUGCAAGUGCAGGGCCGUGCCCGGCGCGGGGCGUGAUGCAGGGACCACCCCUCCGCGUCUCUGCCGUCGCACACCGAGCACCGCGUCUCCGCAGAUCCCCCGGCUGGACGGCGAGUACGACCUGAAAAUGCCUCGGGACAUGGCCUACGUCUUCGGCGGGGCCUACACCCCGCUGAGCUGCAAGAUCAUCGAGCAGGUGCUGGAGCGGCGGGGCUGGCAGGGCCUGGAGGAGGUGCUGCGGCUGCUCAACGGCACCGAGUUCUCGGAGGCAGGCGCCGCCGAGGCCAGCCCGGGCCGGGACUCGCAGCGCACCGUGCUGGCCGUGUUCCUGGGCGGCUGCACCUGCUCCGAGAUGGCGGCGCUGCGCUUCCUGGGCCGGGAGAGAGGGUGCCGCUUCAUCUUCCUCACCACGGCCGUGACCAGCAGCGGCCGCCUCAUGGAGGCCAUGGCGGAGACCCCGCGCCUGAGGCCGCCCUCCCCCCCCCCCCCCCCCAAUAAACGCGUCCGUGCCCGCCCCGCCCCGCCUCCUGCUGUCUGCGCGCGGGCGCACGCGCGGUGGUGGCGCUCGGGCACCGCCCGGAGCCGGGAGGGCCGUGCCGCGCGUGCGCACUGA